UGCUUGUACGUCGAUCUACGCCCCGGGUUUAGGCCUGUUAAGUCUAUAUGGACUAUAAUGAGAAGGUGGUCGUGACUGUAUAUCAAUUGAGCAGGCAGUAUAUCAAUCGCCGGCCCUAGAUGUACGCAUGGACAAAAAACAUAUCAUCGAAGUUGUUCGAAUCUAAGGACGAAAUAUGGAUGAUUCUGAGGGGCAGCGCAUCGAGGAGACGGACGGCGCCUCGAGGAAACUGAGAUCACUCUUAGAGCACAAGGACAGUCGAAAGCUGAUCGAAAAGCAGGCAAACGCGUUCAGAUUAUUCCGAGCAACCAAUGUGUUUUUGACAAAGUUCGAUUCGCAAAAGCAGGGGUUGCUCUAUGGCACUGGGACCCAGUCGCAGGGGACAACGGUGACAGAUAACCUUUCUGAUUCCCUCUCUGGUGGUGAUUCCUUUAUCAACGAACAGAUACAAAAGUUGCAAUCGUUUGUAAGCUAUGUGAAUGAGAAGUUUUCCUUCGUUCAGACGAAUCAGACCCCAGAUGGAAGUUUUAUCACCAACGACGACUAUUAUUUGGAGAAUGUUCGGGUCAUGGCCGAUAUCUCGGGGACGAUUCGCGAGGACAUAUCUUUGGACGAACAGUUCAAAUUUCGGUCAAAGUUGUAUCAGGUUUUAGUCGAUAACCGACAGAUUUUUUCAACUUUGAAGAAGAUGUUGGAAAUACACUUUCUUCGUGGUUGGUCGGAUCCAGAAGUUCACAAAGAAGACGGCUUCAUCUUGCGGCUCAUGUGCGCAAUGAUCUUGGUAUUUCUGGUGAAUGGAACAGAUUGUCAUCCAGGAUUCGGUGAGGAUUUUUGCAAUGAGCCCGGUUUGUUGGAGAUAUUGGUUUGUUUUGUCAGGGAGAAAAAGAAUGCAACGAAGGAAAAUACUCGAGAUGACGAGUAUACAUGGCACACGAUAACACUUGCCAUCCAACUGCUUUACAACUGUUCCAUGAAUGACGCGAACAGGGACAGGCUCCGCGAGACCGCAGCACUCGAGGCCUCUCUACCCUUCAUCGACUCUGAGGACCACAACACAGGUCUCGUAGCACUGCUCACCGUGGCCUAUCUAGCAGACGAGAAGCAGAGUGAAAAGUUCAUGGCGACGAAGAAGGGUCCUGUCGAGUCUCUGGUCCACAGGAUGGAGGAAGCUGUUCGUAGCGACAACAAGAGAGACAGCGAGGCUUGGACUGCGACUGAGCUGAUGAAAGGACUUGGGAGACUGGCGCUGAAUGACGCUAACAAGUCGCUGAUCGCUGAAUGUGGUGCGAUACCAGUCCUCAUAAUACAGGCAAGACAGGACGACACCCCGAGUGAACAACUGGACUCGAUGGAGGUCCUUUGGACGUUAACAUUUGACAAGAAACUACAGACGACUGGCAUUUUCAAUGAAGGAUUGGAGCUAUUUAACCGUCUGGCGGGAACGACGGACAACCACAUCUGUAAAGAGGCUGCAAAAGGCAUCCUAUGGAACCUUCAAGGCAUGGACAUGCCCGUUUCUGAAAUAAAAGAGGGAGAAGGUAGAGCUGCCUUUGCCGGUUGGUCGAAAAAGUUUGGCAUGGUCGUGGAAGACGCGCUAGAAGCGACGGCACCCUAUAUCAUGAUUAGCUACCAAUGGGACAGUCAAGAGCUUAUCCUCAAGAUAAAGGAUGCAUUAGAGUCACACGGCUACAAUGUAUGGAUAGACUUGGAGAAGAUGGCAGGGUCGAUCCUUGAAGCCAUGGCAGAUGCUGUUGAGGGCGCCUGCAUUGUGCUGAUAUGCUGCUCCAAGAAGUACAAAGACAGUCAGAACUGCAGGGCAGAGGCUGAAUACACCUAUAAAAAGAAGAAAGAGUUCAUCCCACUUAUAGUCGAGAACAGAUACUCUGCGGAUGGAUGGCUAGGCAUAAUGCUUGGCACGAAGAUGUAUUAUAACUUCACACGAAGUGACGGCUUUGAAGACAAAUUCAAAGAACUUACAAGGGCCCUUGGCAACAAAGGGAAAAUAUCGGUUGCCAAAAAGGAUUCAGACAGAGUGCCUUGUCCCCACAUCGUUCCUGAAAAAGCAACAGUUACUCACUUGUCACCGCCAAUGCCAGCACAAAGGGAGAGGUCCGCCACUCCCGCUGCAGAUAGUGAGGCAUCGCCUUCCCAUCAGGGACAAACCAGCGCAUUAGAACAUCCGGUGGGGCAACCAUCUUCGCAUGGAACUAGCCUAUCAGAAAAUGUCACAAUCACCCUGACCAGUGCUGACUUGGUCGCCAUACUCUCCAAGAGACAAAGCUCAUCUGAUGUGAAGAACUGGGAUGCGGACAGAGUUAGAAUCUGGAUGGACCAGCACAACAUGGACAAAGGAAAGUUAGGACAUCUUACCGGCCCUCAUCUGCACUUUCUGCGAAGGAUGAAGGAAGACGCCCCACCAGUUUACUACAAAUGCAUGAAAGAGAAUCUCCACUUGAUAGAUAUUGAUCAAAUGGCUGCACUAACUAACGCUUUGGAGGAGUUAUGACCAAGGGGCAAUGUUCAACCUAUGCUUUGGAUGUGCUAUGGGCAAAUACAGCUGAUGAUUUGGAUGAGUUAUUACCGAAUUGCUGCACUAACUAAUGCUUUGAAGCAGUCAUGACCAAGUGGCAAUUUUAACGUGCAUGUGCUUUUUUAGAAACUUUGACCGAAUGGCAAUGUGACCUUAUGCAUUGGAGGAAUUAUAGGCGAAUAAAACGCUUUGGCUUUGGAAGGGUCAUGGGCAAAUCGAAGAACCAAUGCUUGAAAAGAGUCAUGACCAAAUUGCUGCCAAAGCUUUGAAAACGUUAUGACCUAAUGGCAUGUCCUUUGGAGGAGUUAUGUCCAAUGGUCACUGAACCUCUGGAGGAGGUAUGAUCGAAUCGCACUGGUAACUUACGAUGCUUCAGAUGAUAAGAGUUCUGACAGAUUAGCAGCACUAACCAAUGCUUUUGGAUGCAUCAUGACCCAAUGGCAGUGCUAAGUAAAUACUUUAUCGGACAAGUUAUGGCCAAAUAGUAAUGUUAGCCGAAUGCAUUGGAGGAGUUAUGACCAAAUGGCAGUGCUAACCAAAUGCUUUAGAGAAGCAAUGUUUUGGAGGAGUUAUGACCGAAUGGCAGUGCUAACCAAUGCUUUAGAGAAGCAAUGUUUUGGAGGAGUUAUGACCGAAUGGCAGUGCUAACCAAAUGCUUUAGAGAAGCAAUGUUUUGGAGGAGUUAUGACCGAAUGGCAGUGCUAACCAAAUGCUUUAGAGAAGCAAUGUUUUGGAGGAGUUAUGACCGAAUGGCAGUGCUAACCAAAUGCUUUAGAGAAGCAAUGUUUUGGAGGAGUUAUGACCGAAUGGCAGUGCUAACCAAAUGCUUUAGAGAAGCAAUGUUUUGGAGGAGUUAUGACCAAAUGGCAGUGCUAACCAAAAAUGCUUUGGUAUUAUGGCCAAAUGUUAGUAAGCAUAAUAAUUUAUUCUUUAUCACUUACACUCACAAUAUUCUUGCAGUAGAUAUGAAGAAGAGAAGAAGCUAACAUAUAUGUUUUUCAAGAUAUUUAUUACAAAGGUUUAUUUCUAAUAAAUUACAGUUCAUGAAACAGCAGCAAACUAUGAAGAAAAUGUAAAACUUAUACAAUGUUAUAAGCAGCUAUACAUGAACGAUAUACAAAUGUAAAAAAAAGAAUAAAUAUUUUCUACAUCUUUUCAAGCAUUGCUGGAUGGACUUCAUGAAUUAAGUUACACAGGAUUAACAACAGCAUAAACGGCCAGCAAUGAGGAACCGGCGUUAAGAUAAAUGCCAGUGGCGGCGCCACAAUCGAUCGUACCUUCUGACGCCAUGACGUCAUUUUCUGGUCUGUUGACAUCGCAUGAGGUCAAUCACGGGAAACCAUUGCGUACAUUAUUGCACAGGAUUUCAACAACAGAAAACGUGCCCAAUAACUGGCAUCACGCAUAUUUUCCGCAAAAUUAUCUUAAGAAACUGAUAGCUUAAUAUAUUUAAAACAGGAAGAUGCAAACGUCGCCGAAAUCAGUCGAAAAUAAGCGAUCGUUUUCGGGCUCAGGAAUAACAUGAUAAUGCAUUGGAAAUGGAGAGUUUUGGUAUGAUCGAUUGCAGCGCCACGCGGCGAAUAAAUCACGCCGGUUCCCCAUUAAGAAUUGAUAUAAAAACUAUGCGACAUACUAGUGGGCCAGCAUAUCUUCAUAUGCCUACACAUGAUGCUUAACGUGUACAACAGUCUCAAACAGCCUUAUAUAUGAAUGAAGUAAAAAAAUCAUUUUGAUAUUGAAAUUCGUCAGUGUUGUGACCUACAAUUAACACGAGUGCUACUGUAUUCUGAUCAUGGAAUGUAUGGUUCUGCAAAAGAGAA